AUGAAUGAUCAUGAGCAUUCCCCACGAAGGCGAUUACGAUCUUGGCAGUCAAAUGAUACCAAUAUCUCGUCAUCGUCAAGUCAUUCUUCACUUAUUUCACUUGCUUUUAAAAGAAAUAGUUACGAUCCAGAAAAACCAGUUCAUGUUGCGCAGGAUUCAUUGUUCAGUGGGAGUUCCGGUUGGAAGGAUUAUCGAGGAUUUUUAAAUCUUGCAGUUCUUCUACUGUAUGGUCUGUUGGUAUCACCAACUAGUUGGAUUUAUUUUAUUUCAACGGAUCCUUGGUGGAAAUGGCCUAAUCUGGCAAUGGUGCUCAUGUCGAACAUAUCCAUUGUCACUGUAUUUACUGUGGAAAAAUCGUUGGUAUGGAAAUGGCUUAGCAAUCAACUGGCUUUCGCCUUCUACUUGUGCAUAUUCUCAUUACAUAUAUCCGUACCUGCUGUAAUCAUUUGGACUUUGCAGGUGUAUAAAUACGAAGAACAGGAAUUUUAA